GCUUUUUCUUUUUCAUUUUUGUUUUCUGCUAAGUUAAUCGUGCUGCUAAAUGUUGUUCUUGACUCAUUUAUAUCUUCAUUUUUUUUUCUUUUAUAAUUUUAUAAUUUUAUAAUUUUUGUUCCUAAUUUUCUGCAAGCUGGAAAUUUUGGAGUCAUCUUUACAGCGAGUUGGUUGUUCAUUGAUACCUUUCUCGUGUCUGAGGAUGACGAAAUUGUUUCAGAUCCGUUGAUGUUAUUUUUCAUUGGCCAAGGAAUGAUAAUGGAAUGUCACAUUCCUUGUGCUUUUAUUGCCAAUGGUACAUUUCACAGUUUCACUGUCUUUCCUGUACUUUGUUCAAUUCAUUGCUUUUUGAUACAAUCCAUUUUUUACCUUGGAUGCCGAGUUAUGUUAUUUGCAAGCACUUUUUGUCUCAUACAGCAAGCUGAUGCACAUUUUUCACUAUCAGAUGAGGUGGGAGAUUUAUUUGAUAUUGUUUCUACACCCAAUCUAAGUGCAAAAGAAUGUGGAUAUGCUUGAUGUAUGUGACAUUAAGUGGUGCAAAGCAUUUCUAUGAAGUUCUUAAUCUCCAAUGUAGUAGUGAUUUGGCCGAGAGAAAAAAGUCAAAGACUCAUUCUAAACACAUGAUAUUGCUAUUUACAUGUGAGCAUUAAUAUACCCUUGUGGUUGUAUUCAUUGGCCAUUGAGGGGUUCUUUAUAAUAAUAAUGCUCAAAUUGAAGUUCUUUUGGAAUUAGUCAGGCUUCUUGUGCUGUUAUGAAUGUGCUUGGAGUUUGGAAUACAUUCCCACAUCUCAUUUGUCAGUCUCUUUUGAUGGACAAGUUUUUGUUUUUGUUUUUAAACACAUGAUAUUGCUAUUUACAUGUGAGCAUUAAUAUACCCUUGUGGUUGUAUUCAUUGUGCAUUGAGGGGUUCUUUAUAAUAAUAAUGCUCAAAUUGAAGUUCUUUUGGAAUUAGUCAGGCUUCUUGUGCUGUUAUGAAUGUGCUUGGAGUUUGGAAUACAUUCCCACAUCUCAUUUGUCAGUCUCUUUUGAUGAACAAGUUUUUGUUUUUGUUUUUUUGUUUUUUUACCUAGCAAGCCAUAUAUUUCAAGACUUAAGAAACACUGAUAUGUUAGCUCUCUAGCAUAAGUGCACGAGCUAAUUUUUGUAUGAAUUGAAUUCGUGUCUUGGAAUUUGCUAAAGUGCUUAGGGAGAUUGGUUGAUUUUUAUAUGGAUGUCAAUAAGCUUCAGCAUACAUGUUUCAUGUGAAAUUUGGAUUUUCCUGUUGUUUUAUGAUGCUAGAUGAAGAUAUAAUGGCAUAAUGCUUAUUCCACCUGUGUUCACCAAAAUGGAAAUUAUAUUACACAUUUUUGUCAAAUAUAUAACAGUUUUUUGAAAUCUGAUUGUUGUUGGAUUGUUUGACAUUCUGCAACAUGGUUAUCAAGCUGGAGAGUUAACAUAUAUUUGUUGAGCUACUGCAGACUUGAAUUGUGGACUCAGUCCUUAUGCCGGAUAGAAUAUACAUUGACAAAAGCAUUUGUAAAUAAACAUAAUUAUAGUACAUAAAAUUUUCAUGAUUUAACAUUUUAACUUUAUAAUGAAGAGAACAGAAGACAUAACUUACUAGCAUCUUAAUUGCUGCCUACCAAAAUAAAAGAUCUUAUGUUUUAAGCUCCUACGGAUGCCUUCUUCAAAACUGAACAGAAUACAACUGAUAAACAUUAAAACAUAUAAAAGUCUAAUAAUCUUGAUACAUGUUGAACAAAAUUAACCAGUACAUUCCUAAAGAAAAACUAUAGGAAAGCACAUAUCUUUUCUCUCCCCUUUCAACGCAACAAUUAAGGGUUCAUAUAAGAAUUUACUCCCCAAAGGCAGGAAAGUUGACCACUCCAACCAUUGUAAUUUUCAAAGUCCUGAUUGGAAAAGUUACAGAAAAUAAACCUACUGCUUCUUCAGUGUUGAUGUGGCCAAAGACAUACAAUUCUGUUGUAGAGGAUUGUGUCUCAUCUUAAUUCUCAAUUAGCUGGUGCUGUAGUAACUCCAAAGAUCUUAAGUGAAACUUUUUGGUGGUUUAUUCACGCGUACAGUUUCUCCAUGAAGACUUGGAGGCAAUUUAUUGGACUGUGUAUAUAUUUGUUGGUGUGGAGUUCAUUUAUAUCAUCUCCUAUUGUGGAUUCUGCAAAUUCAAACUUCAACAGUGGAAAUGAAAGAACCUUUCAUCCCGUCAAGAAAUUUGUGAUGCAAUCUUAUUUUGACAGGCACAUAGAAUUACAUGAUUCAGUUUUUGAUAAUUUUAUAUCUCAAGAAGACAAUGUUGGUUUGUGUCAAGUGCUUCCAGAAAACCAUGAUUUUGUGCCAAGAUUGUCAGUUCUGAAGCGAGAUCUUAUUGGCGAAGGUUCUCAUCGUCAUGUGUCUACGUUACUAAAAUUUCAAUCUCAGCAAUUAGAGUCUUCGUCCCAACUUCUAAGCUCCUCGUGUGACUUCAUAAUUAUUGAAAGACUACCUACCGGGGUUUUUGCUGAUCCAUUUGAACUACAGCGACUUGUUCAGCGUGGUGUCUUCAAUGAUGUUGAUGUCUUUGGUGAUACAAAUCUGGAACUUCCUUCCUUCUUGUCUAAUCGUUCUGCUGUUGAAAUACAUUUGGUUGUUGACCCAAAUAAAUUUCUAGAGCCAACUGAUAUCAACAUUGAGCUUCCAUUGCAUGCGCGAUAUCAACCUCUAAAUGAAAGUGGCUACUCCACAGUUGAACUUGGUAUGCCUGAUAUUCUGGUGCGCUGCAGCACAAAGGAAAGGUCAGAAAAUCAAAAUUAUUUCUUCAAAUUGACCAACAAUGAUGCUGAUGUUAUGUAUGAAGCUGAUGUUCUUUGGAGAAUUCCUUCUGGGAAAAAGGCACAUUCUAACCUAGUCUUUGUCAUUACAUUUAGUGUAGCCUUGUUAUCAACUCUUGUAAUUUUUCUCUCGUCAUUAGAAUAUUCUAAGAGCAGAGUGAGAAAAGAUUCCAAGCAAUCUUAGAAGUUCUUCCGCCAAGAAUUCUGGGUAUUGAUUAUAGUGUCUUGUCCCUUCUUUUAUGGGUAUUGACAAAGUUUAGGUGGCUUUAAUAUUGGUCAGUCAACCAAGGUCAGAGUGUAUGUCUGUGCUUAUGAAAAGAGUGUUCAUAGCAAUAGAAACUAGAAAGGACUCGAAUCCACAUUCUUUUGAGAUAUGUUCUGAACAUUGACUUCUUUGCUGACUCUCCUUUACAGUAUAUCUCGUCUAUAAUAACCCCCAGGCAUGAUUUGGGUGAAAA